GAAAUUAUCGCUAAUGUCAACCUGCUGUCAAUUGUCAACGAAAUUGAGGUUAGGGCUGAGUAAGUUGAGUUAAAUUCAAUGAAACGAACAUUUAGAAAUUAAUUGUUUAAAAAUUCGUUCAAUGUCGUCUAUGACAUUUGGUCAAAAAACCUUCACGCCGACACCCCCAGAAAAAGGAAGUUUUCCCUUGGAUCAUGACGGUGUUUGUCGAAAAUUGAUGAUAAAUUACAUGAAGUGUUUGAAUGUAAACAAAAACGACAAUUCCGCGUGUAGAAUUGAAGCUCGAGACUAUUUAGCUUGUCGCAUGGACAAUAAUUUGAUGGCAAGAGAAGAGUGGAAAAAAUUGGGCUUAGAAUUGGAGUAA